UGGUCACACUCCGUUUUCAAUAUACAGCGAAAAAAGUCGUGCGUGCGGGCGAACGCAACAAAAUAAUUAAACACUCCUCGAAAUAACACAACUAAACUAGUGCUAAACUAACCGAAAGUGACGCCUAACGCCGCGAUUUCAACAAACCCAAACGAAAUGCGAUAGUCGGGCGUUUAAUUCAGUAAGCGAGGGGCAAGCAAGCGAAGGCAAAGCAAAGCUCCGAGGCGUUGGCCAAAAAGAAGAAAAGCGCAAAAGAAACGGAGAAACGCAGAAACGCAGUGGAAAAGAGAGACGCGAAAGAAGAGAAGAAAAAAUGCAUACAGCAGGAGUGGUGGCGAUUUUUUAAUCAAAGCUGGCUUUUCAAAGCUGCUCUUUUUCGGCUGGAACUGAGAACUGGGUCUGCGUCGCGAAAAUAGGAGUCGAAAAUAGUAAAAAUCUAAAAGACUAUUUCCGUGUAUUGGGCAGGCGAACAAUUUAGCAUUCCAGCCAAGUGAACAUGUUUGUGGCCAGCAUAAAACCAUAAAAUCUGCCGAGCACAUUUUCCUCUGCUCGCUGAAAAACUCGCCACCACAUACAUACGCGCACACACACGCACGCAAGCAUACACAGGCAGGAAAAACGCGUGAAAAACCAUGUCCAGCUGGGCAGAACGCGUCCAUAGGCGCGCCGCGGAUUUGGGCAACGUGGUGACCUCCUGCGGCCACCCCGCCACCGCCCCCGCCUACCCGUACCGCCUCGAAAAGGUCAAAUUCGGUGUGCCGCUGGAGGAGGUGUGCAAGCACAACAACAACAUUCCCGGGCCCCUGCUCGUCCUGAUCCUCAAGCUGAACAAGGAGUCGCCGAACCGCCGCGAUGUAUUCCGCGCCCCCGGUCACCAGGGCGCCAUGAAGAAGCUCAUACACUUCCUGCAGGCUGGUCGGCUCGUCAACGUGGACAACUAUUCGGUGUUCACCAUCGCCAGUGUGCUCAAGAAGUUCCUGCGCAAGAUUCCCAAUGGAAUAUUCGGGCGCAGCGGCGAGAUGGAGCUGUUCGCCAUCAACGAUCUGCAAAACGAAGCCGAGCAAACGGAGCGACUGCACAGACUCUUCGGUUCGCUGCCCAAAUACACACAGCAUCUAUUAGUCUUACUGUUCGGCACAUUCCGGGUUAUCGCGAGCAAUGCGGCCCACGCCUCCACCGGAAUGACCAGCGAGGCGCUGGGCGUUUCCGUAGCCCCCAGUUUCUUUCAAUCCUGCGUCAGCGAUGGCAAAACCGCCCGCAUGGAGGAUGUGCUCAAGUUCAAGGUCUCCACGAAGAUCAUGCAGAAUAUAAUUGAUAAGUUUGCCACACACGACAUCUUUGGGCGCGACAACUACGAGUACUACGCCCGCGUCACAGGACGCAUCCUCAAGGUGCAGGACGAGUGGAUAUGCAGCUUUCAGUAUCCACCACCGCCACGUGGCAAGUUGGCUCAACAAAAAUACGCAUUGCAACAUUCUUUGGAGGCGGAGAAGACCUGGCUGCAGUGCCAAUGCGAGCGUUGGGGCUUACUGGCCCAGGAGGAGUCCCGCUCGACGCCCGCCCUGCUGACCAGCUCCAGUUCCGCGCUGGAGAACAGUGUCUUGUCGCUGGGUGUUUCCCCCGAGCACUCGUUCAUCGAGAGCUGCGCCCGUCUCUCGGUUUCGCUGGAGGGACCCGGCAUCUAUGCCAUGACAUCGUCGCCGUUGCCCGCGAAGCGGAAUGGCAAUGGCAAUGGGAACGGCAACGGCAACGGCAAUGCCACGGACUACGACUAUGAUGACUAUGCCGACGAUGAUGAGGACAACGAUGAGCUGGACGGCGUUCACGACUUUGGUGCCGAACUGGAGAUCAGCAGCAUAGCUCCGCCGCAGGGCAGUCGUGGCAUCUAUCGCCACAAGCAGCGAGCCCAGCAGCCACACCACUACCAACAACAACAGCAGCAGCAGUUGCCGCUCCAGCACCAGCGGGACUACGAUGAGGACGACGACGAUGAUGAGGAUGAGAUGACGUUUGUGAAGCGCCGCUAUCGACAGAAUAAAAAGAAGCCGGCGCCGCCGAGCAGCAGCCAUCAUCAGAGGCGCUUGCGCACUGGAACCAAGAGUCUCGAUGGCGGAGGAGAAAGGCGCACGGGAUCGGGAGCAGCGGGAGGAUCAGGAGGGGGAGGUGUUUCAGGCUCAGCAGCUGGCAAUCCCACGCCUCCCAAGCUCAAGCAGCGAACAUGCAGCCGCUGCAAUCGCGGCAUUCGGCACAGCAGCUCCUGCAGCUCAAAUUCCGCCGGAGCAACUGGCUCCAACAGCGGAGGAGGAGGCAACGGAGGCUCGGGAGCCGGAAACGGAGGAGGCGCCGAAGGCGGCAUGACCAUGGAGGAGCUGAGAGCCGUCAACCGAUAUGCGGAGAGCACCAAGAGCCUCUCGUAUCUGCCACAGGUCCAUGAACGCCAAACCGCACGCAUGCGCACCCGCUCCGAGUGGUUCCUGGGUCCCCGGGACGCGGUGGUCACGUUGCAGUUGCCGGCGGACACGUGCAGCAAUUGCUGUUUGGCCGCAGCCGCUGGAUAUUUGGGUGGCGGCAGCACCAGGGACAUGCGACAGGCUCAGACGGAGGGCGAGCGGAACCAGGCGGCCUUGCUCUAUCACUUUUACCGCAGGCAGCAGCAGCAGCAACAGCAGCAGCAGGAGCAACACUAUGACGACAUGAUGGAUACGGAGGAUAGCUACGGACAGCAGAAGGAGCAACAGCAGCAGCUGGAGCAGCAACAGCAACAAUUACAUUCCAAGGGUCUUCUAAGACCACCGCCCAUGCAACAUCAGCAUCAUCAACAGCAGCAGCAGCAGCAGCAACGUCGCCUGCUGCUGGACGUCAAUUCGGUUGGCAACAUCCGUUUGAGUAACAGCGCCGAGUCCAUUCAGUAUGCAGCCCGACGACCGGUCGCCAGUCUUGGCCUCAAUCCCAGCCUCGGCGGCGCCAUCACCACCACCACCCACAAUCCCACCUCCAGGCGGCUGCUCAUCAAUGUGCCGCGCCAGUAUCGAUCCUCGCUGCGGCGCAACAAGGAGAAGCAGAUCGGCGGCAAUAGUCAGAGCAACAGUAGCAAUAGCCUGGGCAGUGAUCAGUUGACCGGAAAUCCUGGAGCAGCUGCAGGAUCGGCCGGCGGAGUUGCGGUGCUAAACAAACCCCUACUGAUGGUGGGCCUCCUGCCGGGAGCCGAGCAGCCGCCCUCCGUGAGGAACUCCAUUGCCGAGUGCGGCAUCUCGACGCCGGAUGCAAUGGACGUGGGUAUGGAGUGCAGCACCACGCUGAGCUUCAAGCCGCCGCGGCUGUAACAAGGACAACAGCAGCCCAUUCGACCGAAGGCUAAGCACACCCAGGAAGCCUCGGCCCAUAAAUAUGUUAAGAUCUAACCAUUUUUUAAUACGUAUACAUACUUCCAACUCAAACCAACACACACAAGAACGGGAGUGCCAAAGAAACCUAUAGAGAUUUUAAUGCAAUGCUACUGAUCUUACUGACCGCAUUUUAUCUGGCAGUUAAAUCUCUAGAGAUUUCGGUGGCCUUCCUAGAUAACAUCAUACAUUAGGUUAUGGUUAACGAUAUAUGUAUUUAAUGUGUAUAGCAAGAAAAGGCUGAUUUUCUUUAGUUAAACAAACAAAACAAACAAAAAACAUGAAAAACGAACGAAUGAAAACAAACAAACAAACAAUUUACAACUGAAACUAACUAUAUUAUGCAACAAAUUGCCAAAUUUUAUUCAGCAUUCAUUUCGUUGUGUGUAUUAGGUUGAUUUUACAUUGUGUUUUAACCAAGAAUCUCUCAAACUUGAACAUUGUCAAGGUAAAAAUAAACGAAAUUUUCACCUGAUCGCAAACCGAAACAACGAUACAAAAAGCAGAAGAAUUUCGAAACUCUUUAGCAUCUGAACAAUCCAACCAAUCGAUUUCGAGGCCGGCUCUCUGUCUUUAUAGGAACCACUAUAAAUGUUACUUCUAAGCUAUGCAAAUUGAAACUAAUCAAAUGAAUGGAGCUCUUUAAAGGCAAUCAUAGAUCCCGAAUACAGAUAUACCAGAUAUAUCACUUUUGAUACAGUGAAGUACAAAAUCAAAACUAAACAGAAACCAAUCGAAAAUAUCUAAUACAAAUUCUACAUUACUCUUACAAAGAUAGAAACCACAAAACUUAGCAUUUAAUAUCUAGAUAAGCGUUUUCAAAUUAAACUUGUAACUGCGAAAGGAAAUCAACAUGUAAAUCGGAUGUUAUUUCAAUGAUGUUAUCGUUAAUAGUGCUAUGUGUACAUAUAUACGUGUAUGUCUAUGUGUCCAAGAUAUAUCUAAUAUGUAUAUUAACUAAACGAUAUGCUAAAACAGCCCUUCCUGCGGGGAGCAGAACCGCCAAACAACAGCUAAAGCAAAUGAGAUAAUUCCAUUUUGUAUAGAAUCUGAUUUAGCGAAUCCUCUACGACUAGUUACUAAUAGUACCAAUCCAAGUAUAGUCUCCAGAAGGUCCCAAAGGA